GGAGACACUGCGCAUGAUCUAUUCACUAACGUCCACUUUAAAUUUUGUAGCUAGCUUCCCGUCAGCCCUGGAAGCGGUUGCAAAUUCAAAUAUAAACAAAGACUACAAGAUCGGCUAGAGGAACUGUCUGUUGAACACAUAACAAAUAACCUGAAAACACUUUAUGACUGUCCCUAAUUCCUUUUAAGCGACCUGGACAGUUAGCCCGCCACAGAGAUAGCAAAGUUGAUCAUCUAUUUGUUAUGUACUGUUUGAAAAGGUAAAGCGUCACAGUGACUUGCUGGUGGUUAGAAAUUAUUAACGUGAUAGUGUUUUUAAAACACAGACUGCCAGAAAGAAAUCCAGCAAGCAGUAGGUUCAGAGACGUUCCGCAAUGGAGCAACCAAUUAAACCUGUUGUGGAAGAAGUACAGGUGACUCUGCCCCAUGAAAUUCCCCAGACCCCCAAGCGGGGCCGGGGCAGACCAUCAGGAUCUGUUCACAUGAAGUCUAAACAAGUUAAUGCAGGAAAGCGUGGGAGGCCACGGAAAGAGGCAAGCCCUCCUUCUUCAGUAAAAUCUCUUGAUCAAGAUCAAACCCUUAAGGUGGAUAAAGAGUCAACCCCUGGAACUCCACGGAAGCAAGGUCGGCCUCCAAAAAUUAACAAAGAUCCAGUCCCUAUUAAAACAUCAGGAAUUGUUCGGAAAAGAGGUAGACCUUCCAAAGUGAACAAAGAUUUAGGAUUGCUCCCAGGUUCUGGGUCAGAAAGUAAACAAGGUCUCCCCAGUAAUUCUAUUAGAAAAAGGGGGAGGCCAAGAAAAACACCACUCUCCCCAGAGGGAGAGGAGAAGAGGAGAAAAAUGAAAAGCAAACCAAAGGGGCCCAGGGUAUGGAAGCCUUUAGGACGACCGCGCAUUUACCCUCGCGUGGAGCCCCCAGUGCCAUCCUCUCCUGCAGAGCCGAAAGGCAGAGGUCGGCCUCGCAAGACAAAAUCAAAUAAAGGUGCACAUUUCUGCAAGACCAGACAAUUAUGUAGUGCUGACGAGCCACCUGCCUUACCCGUCAGCAAUCUUUCUCGUAAGAGAGGUCGACCAUCAAACUCUAGCAAGGAGGAAGUGCUGUCCUCCACUAAACCUGAGAGGAAAGCAGAGCAAGACAUGGGAAGCCCACCUGGUUCUAAGCGCUCUCGUCGUUCCAGUGGCAAAGAGUCUAAACAAGAACCUCCUCCAUCUCCUUCCCUCAACAAAAGAGAAAGGAGGGAUAGAAAGACAGAGGUGACAAAAACUUUUGAGGCAGGGGGGAGUCUUUCUGCUGUCAGCCAGCACAGAAGUCCAACCAGAUCUCAACAUAUAAUAUCCAGUACUGACACAACUGUUUCAGACCGAAAGGAAGAUGAUGAUAAAGGGAGCCCAAUGCUUGUCAAUGAACGCACAAGUGCACCCUGCCAGACAGUGAAAAAGACAACACAGGGAGACUCCGUAGUGGAGGAAAGAGUUGGCAAGAAGAGGGAUGCUGGACGAAAGGUGGCCAUGCCCAAAAGAGCAAAAGUGACAAAGGGAAGCAGAAUUGUGAAGUCUGAUCAGGAGAAGACCCCACGUGGAAGACAGGCACAGAAAAACAUAAGUAGUAUUUUGUAGACAGUUCAAUGAAUGUUUUAAGUUUUGACUGAAUUCCGUUUUAUGUUUUUACAGUUUAUUGAUUAACCAGUCCAUCCUUUCCUGCUAUUAAAACUUGUCUGUGAAAGACUGCAUUAAGUAGUCUUGAUUUUUUUUUUUUAAAUAAUACAUUUACAGAAAGUUCUCCAUUUUAAAAAAGAUUUCCCACAAGUCAAACGUAAUGCAUUUUAAUUUACGCUGUCUAGUAAAAAUCUGGAUCUAUUUAAAUCCGUUUCAAAGUUGUUUUUUUUAAACCUCGCUUUGCAGAUCUUUACUGGAACUGUUUCAUUAAUUAUCUCAUAAUAUUCAAAAUUAAGUGAAUUUUCAUGUUUUAUUUCUGUUGUAUCUUUAAGGAAGACAGAUGCUCACCAGGAUCAUGCAAUGAAGGAACUGUAAAAUGGUUACACAAUGUCCAUCUUGAACAACUAGCUUGUUGGCUUAGCUGUUAUUGACAAUGGUUUUUUUCUACUACAUAUUAACUCCUUAGAUCGUCUUUUACUAACCAAAAGUCCUCUUGGUGUAAAGGUAAAGCAUGUUACCACAGAAUACCAGUACCUGCUCACCUGGAAGUAAUAGAUAUUUCAAAACUGGCAAGUGUUGUAAUAAAAGUACUUUGUUUCUUUUAAGUGUACUGAAACUGAAUACUUUAAGAAUGCCCAAGACUAAUGAUGCACAAAUGUUAAGUUAACAUUUUUGCAUACUAAGUAAUGCAAAUAAGAAUGAAAAUCUGAUGCAGUUGCAAUGGUGAUGCCCUGUUAGUUGACAUCUCUGAAAUUCAAAUGAAAAUUCAGUGUUUAAAACUAUGCAGGUGUACAUGGCUUUUAUUAUCCACAUUCUACAUUCAAUAACAUGCUGAACCAAGGAGUUGGUCAAAUACAGUCCCUUGCAGAAGUAAUAGGAUCCCUAUGGCAUCUAUUCUUAAAAGAUAGAAGCUACAUGCAUUUGUAAAAUUAGCUGAUCUGAAUACUACAAAUCAUCUAUUAAUUUUGAACAUUUUCAAAGUCCAUUAUCUUUGCUUAAAUAAUAAAUCCAUUUUACUUUGCAAAAUUUUCAAUAGAAAUUUCAAAUAUGGUAUACUAUUAAAAAAGUUCAUCAGUUUCCUGUUUUAGCUUAUGUUUUGAUGGGACUACAAUUUGAUGUUGGUCAUAUUUUUUCUCUUAUGUUGACUAACAUUUUUGCCAGUUCUGAAUUCUCUCUCUUUUUCCAGAAAGGCAAAAAGGCUAUUUGAAAUAAAUCUUUCUCUCUGAGUUGAUAUUACCGUUUGCAUAUUCUUCCAUUGUUAAAUUUGUCUGUGAACAGCAAAUUCAGCAUUUUAGAUUGACCCUUUAAAACCAAAGCUUUAACAAAGGCUGUGGCAUGAAUAGAUUUCAUAAUGUCCUUACAAAGCACAUGUUGUGAGAAAUUAUAUUGAGGAAUUAGAUAUGUCAUAAUGCUGAUUUAAGUGUACCAUAAACUGAUUGCAUCUGACUGUAUUAGAGCUGUAUAAUGGAUUCACAUUUUUAAAUGUAAAGGUGAAUCAUUUUUACGCCUGUAGAUGUUAUGGCUAUGGCAGUGUUUAAGCAUAAUAUACUGUAAUAUUUUUAAUAAAGCAGAUGGACGAAGAAAGAAGAAAGAAAUCGAAGUAUUGCUUGUGGGAAUGUGAAAUGUUUUUCUUUAUCACAUAAAAAGUGUGACAGAUAUGUUGAAGAAAUGCGAAGAGAAUGCAUAUGAAUUUAGUCAAUGGAACUUAACAAAUUGCAAGAUUAAUUAAAAAUGAAGGGAACAUUUAUAAUUGUUUAUUUAAUUAAGUUCAUAGUUAUCCUAAGUUUUGGAAGAGAUGAUGAUGUAGGAUGAUUUAAAAUUUAUUUGUAUUAUACUGCAACAAAUAGACACCACCACAUCAGAAGGACAUAAAUAUAUUUUGGAAAAUCACUUUAGUUCUUUUAGUUAAAAAGAACCAUAUUAAUUUGAACGUUAGCUGAAGUGGAGUAUUUAUAUGACUGUCCGUGUCUGGAUAUAGAAACAAAUUUGUUGGUACCCUUACGGCUCAUUAAAUAAUGCUUUUUUUCUCUUGAAAAGUGAUUCAGUUAAAAGCAAUUGUCUAAUGUAUACCUGCAUGUCUUUAGUAUGUGACAGAGUAAACCAAUAAAAUUGUGAAAAGAAA